CGAUCAGUUCAAUUGUACACCUCGUGCGCGAUUGUAUAUAAUUUAGCGUGAGUGUUUCAAUAAACUACAGGAAGCAGUUUCGCGAAUUCAUUGUAUUGUAAAUUUUGUGAUUUUAUACAAUUUUUGUAAAAGAAAAGCAGAGAAGUGUUUUUUUGUUAAUGAAAUAGUGACGGACGGUGGUUCUAUUCAUACGGGUUAACUGCUAAACGGCAAACGCAAACAGCGCGAAUCGCAGUCUAUUCAGUGUCAAAACUCAUUGCAAGUGGCAUACAAAUACACAUAAAAACGUGCAAUUCAUACGUACAUACGAAAAACAAAAAAACUGUUCUUUCGCACAUUCGCAUAUACAUAUGUACGCGUGUAUAUGUAUGUGUGUACUACAAACGUGUAUAAUUAUUCCUCAACGAUAAGCUCGAUUAUUCAAUUAAAAUUUUUCGCUUUACUCGCACUCCACUUAACGCAUAUCGGCGGCGCGUCAAAACGUUUGCUUCAUUAAUUGCUACUGCGGCUACUGCUGUUGCUAAAAAUAGUGUGGCACAAAAACAACUCAAGCGUUAUUUAUUAAUAAAAGUUAAUAUGCCAGAUUUGUCGCAAGACGUUUUCGAAAUACAAAAUCCCAUCUCAUCAACGCCGUUGUCAACGCGAUCCUCAUCGUCCAAUAGUGUCGUCUCGCAAGCAGCAGCAAACGGUAGCUGGAACAUGAAUGGUAGUGGCGGCGAUGGCAGCGGUGGCGGUGGCGGUGGCUCAGUUAGCACCCUAUCUGUGCCUGGCCAACAACUGGAAGUGUUGCCUCACAAUGGCGCUCAUGGGGAGAUGCCCCAUCAGGGGUACAAGCGUGAGUUGGACCACAGGUAUGUUUCUGUAAAACACCAGCUUGCUGUGUAUAUUUCUUUGAACACCACCUGUAUUCCGGUAACUACAAAUGAAUAA